AUGGCGCCUCUGCCGCCCCGGAACCUGCCCAUAAACACGUCGGGCUCAGGCCCAGUCGCCCCUCCCGCAACACCACGCAAGCCCUCAACACCCUCUGCUUCUUCUUCUUCCAAAGUGCCCGGCCGAGCCUCUCGGCAGUCCACGCCCUCAUCAUCAUCAUCAGGAGCAGCUGCUGUUGCUACACCAUCCACGCCGACGCAAGUCACUGCAACCACCGACGGCCUCGUCUCGCGCGCAGACGAGACAACGUUCCACCGUCGCCUCCGCCAGAUUCUGUGGGACCACCGCGCAGCACGGUCCGUCUGGGAGGACAUCGCCGACGAGGACUUUGCCCGGACGGUGUCGAGCCUCGCGAGCAAUGCCUCGGCCAUUGACGAAGCGCUUGCCCGGCUCGAGGCGGCCACGAGCGGGAGCGCCGAGCAUCUCCGCAUGGCUGAUGAGCUCGGUGCGCUCUUGAGGACGCACGCGCGCCUGAAAGCCCAGGUGAUGCACGACCUUGAGGCCGAGCAUGAUCAGCAGCAGCAGCAGCAGACGGUCCUGGCGCGCCUCUUGAAGCAGGCCAGCAAGAUGGACGCCCUGUCGCACGCCGCCGAGAAACUCCUUCUCGAGGCGAUCAAGGCAAGGGGAGACAAGUUUGCCAUCGUCGACCCGCUCUGGUCCACCUGGCCGAUGGUCUCGUUUGUGGACUAUAUCCAAUUCUUGACAAGCAGAUAUGUCGUACAGACGGGCACACUCGAAAUCAUGGCCGAUGAGCUCAUCCAGCGAGGAACCGCGCCAGGCGAUCCCACGCUUUCAAUAGCGAAGGAGCAAAGGAGACGAGAUGACGGGGCAGAGGGAGAGUUAGAAGAAGCGCCGAACGAGGACAAUGAAGAACGAAGCUCGAACGCGGACCGGAAUCCAAAGGCCAGAAGACGAGGCGAACACCGCGAGAGGAUUCUCCAGGUUUGCAAGCGCCUCGACGACCUGCGCGAUGAGCGCGGCGUCUGGCUCGCCGACUGGUUCGAGGAUCUGUGCGAGGUAGAGGUGGGCCGAUGGGAUGAAGGGUGA